AUGAAGGUCUGUGGUGGUGCCUGGGCUCUUCUGAAAUCUCUCUGCUCCCCCACCUGCUCCAGACUGGCCGGCUGGACCCCAUGCCAGGUCAGCCGCAGGAACACCAGCAGCCACGGGUCCUCGGACAGUCCUCGAGUCCUUAUCACAGGUGGCCUGGGGCAGCUUGGUGUUGGACUGGCGCAAAUGCUGAGAGAGCAGUAUGGGAAAGAAAACGUGAUCCUGUCUGACAUCAAGAGACCUCCAGCCGACGUUUUCAACAUGGGUCCCUUCGUGUAUGCCGAUGUGCUGGACUAUAAAAACCUGCGGGAGCUGGUGGUGAAUAACCGGAUCACGUGGUUGGUGCAUUACAGUGCCCUGCUGAGUGCUGUGGGAGAGGCCAAUGUCACACUAGCCAGGACCAUCAACAUCACAGGUUUGCAUAAUGUUUUAGAUCUGGCUCUGGAGAAUUGUUUGCGUCUCUUUGUGCCCAGUACCAUCGGGGCGUUUGGCCCCUCCUCGCCCAGAGACCCCGCCCCGGAUCUCUGCAUCCAGAGGCCUCGGACAAUCUACGGCGUCUCCAAAGUUCACGGAGAGCUGAUGGGCGAGUAUCUCCACCAUAAAUAUGGCUUGGAUUUCCGCUGUCUGCGUUAUCCUGGAGUUAUCUCGGCCACAACGAAGCCCGGCGGAGGCACCACAGACUACGCCGUUCAGAUCUUUCAUGAUGCUCUCAGCAGCGGCCACCAUGAGUGCUACUUGCGCCCGCAAACACGUUUACCCAUGAUGCACAUCUCUGACUGCCAUCGGGCCACCAUAGAGUUCAUGCAAGCAGACGAGUGCCAGCUCUCCCUGCGCACCUACAACAUCGCAGCCAUAAGCUUCACACCUGAGGAAGUAGCAGCAGAGAUCCGCAAACAUGUACCAGACCUGACGGUCACCUACAAACCCGACCCAGUCCGCCAGAACAUCGCGGACAGUUGGCCGAUGCGAUUCGACGACUCCAAUGCUCGGCGGGACUGGGGCUGGAAGCCAGCCUACGGUCUCCCGGAGCUAGUCACGGACAUGCUGAACCGUGUCCGGAACAAGAGGACCAACGCAGGCCUGCCUGUUAGCUAG